CACAGCUGGUGGCGGUAUUUUUCCUCGUGCACAGCGCACUCAUAUUUUGUCGAUGGAGACGUAAACAUCGUUGGAUAAAUUUGGAAACUUUAUUGUUUCAUUUCUUUAUAAAAGUGUAUUUGGAUAAUUCCAGUCGCCCUGAGAGACGAACCAUUUUCAUUCGCGACACUAACAAUAAUAUAUGUGCUUGUGAAAGAAAAUGGCCUGUUUUGCAUUGCGAGUAAAGUGUAUAUAGAAAGAGGAAGUAUAAAACAAAUGGAAUUACGCGUUGUGCCAUGUAUCUGCAUGUUAUUAUCAAAUCGUAAAGGACUGGAGGAUUUAACCAAAAAAGAAAGUAAAGUGGAAUGUCGUGGUUUUCAAAUAUAAUUUCCAUUUUUACGUCCAGAUUCCGAAUCGACGACAAGAAAGAUGAAAGGAAUUCCGACAUGUCUCUUUCGAAACCACUGCUGGUUGCAGCCAUAGAUUUCGGUACGACGUACUCGAGUUGGGCGUUCUCUUUGCUUAAUGAAUACGAAAGUGAUCCAACACAGAUGUCAGCAAAACAGUGGCAGGGACAUGACUCGACGAAGGGACCAACAACGGUUUUGAUACAGCCCGAUGGAAUAACCCUAGAGGCAUUUGGCUUUGAGGCGGAGACAAGAUAUGCAGAACUGAUAGAUGAAGAAAAGCAUGAUUCGUACUACUUCUUUAAAAGAUUUAAAAUGAAAUUGUGGGACAAGAAAAUCGAACGGGAUAUGCUUAUUGAGGACGAAAACAGUCGUCAUCUAUCUGCAAAAACUGUGUUUGCACUAGCAAUCAAAUGGCUCAAGGACGACCUUUGGCGGGUUUCAAAUGACAGAAUUUCUGGCACAAUACGAGAGAAUGAGAUACACUGGGUGUUGACUGUGCCAGCUAUCUGGGAUAAUACUGCCAAACAGUUUAUGAGAGAAGCCGCUAAACAGGCUGGUAUCAAAGAAAAAAAGCUCACUGUUGCUCUUGAACCAGAAGCAGCGUCAUUGUUUUGUCGCCAUCUACCGGUCGAACGAAGCGGAAAUGAAACGUCCCUCGGCAAACUGAAAGCUGGACAGAGAUAUCUGGUGUUGGAUGCGGGAGGUGGGACAAUAGAUAUUACUGUCCAUGAAGUGUUACAGUCGAUGGACGUCAAGGAACUGUUUAAGGCGAGCGGUGGUGCGUGGGGUGGAACAAAGGUCGACGAAGCCUUCAAAGGUUUCAUCAAUGACAUUGCAGGUUUCGACGCCAUGGGCGAUUUAAAGCGAAAACAUCUGGACGAUUUCAUUGACUUGUUUCGUCGAUUCGAAAACAAGAAGCGGUCCAUUUCACCUGACAAGGACAGCAAAACGGUUAUUCCCCUUCCUCUGUCCCUUUGUUCCUUGAUAGAGAAUCGUCAGGGACGAGCCUUGUGUGACAUCAUCAAGAACACAUCUUAUGCCUCUUCGGUGUCAAUGACAAACGAGAAGGUUAAGAUCGACGCUAGCGUUGCCAGAUGGUUUUUCGAUACAUCCGUUUCAAGCACUGUUGAGCACUUGAAGAACAUUCUAAGCUCGCCAGUAAACAGGGGUGUAGAAGCUAUUUUGGUGGUAGGUGGAUUUUCCGAAUCGCCUAUGCUUCAACACGCCGUGGGCAAAGAGUUCGGAGCUCUGAAAAGAAUUGUUCCACGGGAAGCAAGCCUGGCAGUACUGAAAGGGGCUGUAAUAUUUGGACACAACCCCAACGCUAUCACAGAACGUAUUAGCAAACUUACAUACGGUGUUAAAACAACUCAGCUAUUUGAUAAAGCAAAACAUGAUCCAACAAAAAAAAUAUUCUACGACGGAGAAGCCAGAUGCGAUGAUAUUUUUUCUAAGCAUGUAGAAAUUGGACAAAAACUUAAGAUUGGUCAGGCACAGUCUAAAGAGAGAUAUACUGUUUGUGAAAUUAAUCAAACAUCGGCCGACUUUCCAAUUUUCACCACAUAUCAAAAGGACCCCAUGUAUACCACAAAUCCAGGGUGUACUCGUGUUGGCAAACUAAGUGUCCCUCUAUCCGGCAGCGGAUUAGACAGAUGGGCCAGUGUAAGGUUCAUCUUUGGAGGAACGGAAAUAGACGUUGAGGCAACAGAAGAAUCAACAGGAAAGGUUCAUAACUUGAACAUCGACUUCCUGGUGUAAACUUAACGUUUUUUGUGUUGAUUGUAAUUUGAGUUUUUAAUAGGAAGUUGAAGUAACUAUGUUAUGAAGUAUAAAUUGUGUGUUUCACAGACUGUAUUGCUGACGUGUUUCGAAGGUGUUUCAGGUUUCAUAUUAAAAUAUGAAGGAAACGUGUAAUUUAGAUAUCGCAACUGUCACUCAAAAAUUUAAAUUGACUUUUAAGCAAACCCUAGAGUUCGAUAUUGCUUAGACAAUAUAGUGACAUUUUAAAAAUAAAGGAAUCCAUCUUAAACAAUCUGAAUGUUAGGUUUUUAUUUGUUCAGUCAGAUAAAAAAAAAUUAUAUUGUUGUAUUUACUUUUCAAAAUGUAGUUCAGUGUUUCAGCGUAUCUAUUCCAUUUUAUUUUGUGUAUAUUAUUCAAAUGUUGCUUUAAAGUUUAGGUUUAUUGUAUAUUAAUAACUGAUAUUUACAUAAUGACUUUCUGCUACACAUUUUAUGUGUAAGUUUUUGUUAUUCGAAAUAAAUGUAUAUGCAUUUUUGUCACAACGCUAUAAUGCUCUGAUAAAUUUAUUUUGAACCGGAGGCACGUAAACUAUGCUGAUGUAUGUUUAUCAAAUUUAUUAUAUGCUAAUAUCAGAGCAUGUUAUCCGUUACCGCUUUGCUUGAAGGAUUUCUAACAAUCAAUUUAGAAAAAAAUUGUGCUGUUGUUCAAUUACUCUUGUUUGUGAUUUUUGCUUUUGUGCUCUAUUUCUUUGGCAUUUACCCAGUGCCAUUAAACGGGGUUUAUGUUUUAAACAUUUGGCUAAUAAGCUUGUUUCUGUAGAAUUUCACAUAAGUACUGUAAUGGAAGUCCGCACGGAUGUGUGGCAAUAUUUACUUUUUGUAUAAUUGUUGUUAGGGUGAACGUUUUAAUAUAGGUAAAUUCCUGUGAUGUCGAUGACUGUUCACAAUUAUGUGUAUCUACUAACAAAUAAUCAGUAUUAGUGUUUCUGUUCCCAAUGUUAAGAUAAUCCAUGCAGUAUUUAUAACACAAGGAAUAAUACAGCGACGUUUUUGAAACCAGUUUAUGCACCAGUCAUUUGUAACCACGGCCCCCAGGUCCAGCCAAGCCCGGGCAAAGUCUCCACCAUGUGGGGUCAAUCUGCUGGUAAAAAAAAACGCCAAAUGCCCUGGUAAGGCCAAUUUCCCGCUAAAUUUGGCGUGAAGACAAAACCUCCGCAGUCACCCUGCACUGCGGGGCCACCUGGAAAGUAAAUACACGGCCCAUUUCCCCGGCUAUUCCCGGUAUACCCUCGGACCUGGGGGGGGGGGGGCGUGGUAACAAUUGACUGGUGCAUUACACUAUAAAGUUAUGAAAAGUCCUCAAUAAUAUCAACAUUAUUACUUAUUCAACAAUAUAGAUUGAUGAAUAGAGAGAUUGAUUUGAAUUUACCAACACUGCCUUAUAGAAUGUUAGUCUGCAUUGUUAAUUUUUGUUCUUUAUAUUCCAUUUAUAUAGAAUGUUAAUUGUUUUUAGUGUUUAUUGUCGUACACUAGGCAGUUUUUUUGCAAGAAAUAAUAUGUAUUUAAAGGCAUAGUAUUAACAUGUUCACAGUGAUACAUGACAUUUUGAUAUGUGUAAUGAGGUAAAAAAAAUGCAAUACAAAAAAAAAAAAAAAAAAAAAAUAAAUAUUGUAUGAAGUAUUCAGCACGCACGCACCAAUAACUGUCUAAUUGCACUGCUUUGUUGUAUUGGAAAGCUAUUUAAAGCCAUGUUAAAUAAUAGACUUCUAAAAUACAUGCAUGUUAAAAAAGAUGAUACACAUAGGUUUUCGACGGUAGACAAUAUGUUUGUAUUAAAAAUGCACAUUUUUACUGACUUGUUCACGCAAAACGUUUUGUGUGCAUGCAAAGACCUAAAAGCUGCUUGAAGAAGUUUGUAAAACUAAAGAUCAUAUUGCGAAACAAUCAACACAAUCUAUGUUUUCUUUAAUCAAAAAGCAAACCAAUUAUGUUUAUCUACUGACUGAAAAAUAGUUCUUUUAAAACAAAAACAUUUUGUUUGUUUUAAAAAAAAGGUUUGGCUAUAGUUGUAAUUAUAUAUAAAACAAUAUGAAAAAAUGAAACAUGUACAAAUAAUGUAAAAAGUAACCCGCUAGAUUGUAUGGUUUAUAGAAAAAGGUAUAAAAUCAUUACAAAUAGAUAUCGAUACACACAAAUGAUAAGUUCUUGGUCAAAGCUUAUAAUCCCAUCUUUUACAUAACUUCCAGUGUCUGAGUUGAAUGCGAUAUUUAGAAAAUAUAUGUGUAUGAUAACAAAAUUAGAAGGAAUAAACUCCAAUGGAUAAAACAAAUCAGAUCUAUAUUUAUUAAAUACGAUAUGAUUUAUAUCAAAGAAAAUCAUAAAUUUCCAAAUACUGAAUUGCUAAAGAUGUGAAUUACACUAGGUUUUAAAUUUAACUAUUUUGCUGAGUAUAGAAAACAGAUUUAUUAAAAAACGAUCAUAUCGGUCUACAAAUGUAUAAUAUUUCAAAAAUAUUUCAGAAAACCUGAUAAUAAUAAUAUCAAAUAAAUUAUAGAAUGUAAAUUUCUGAAGCAUGUUGUUGUUAAUUUUAGUUUGAGAAAUGUAAAAUUAUGUGUUCUAUCCUUGGUAAAUAUUUGAUUGACUCUCAUACUGGAUUUCAGUAAGGUUGACAUUUGUAAUUAUCUAAAAGUUACUCAUAAUUAUGAAACAUAAAAUGUUUACUGAUUUAUUUUUUAUGUUUUAUGUUUAUGUGUAUAGUGUUUGCAAUGCCUUAAUGUGUGUAUAAGUUCUCAUGUUUGAUCAUGCAUUUGUGACAUGAGUUUAGAUGAAUAAAAGUGUAGAUGUGC